AUGGACACAGACACAGGCAUGCACCAAAACCAACACAACAACCAACACAACAACCAACAGUUCAAAAUCCAGCACAACAACCAACAGUUCAAAACACUGCACCACAACCAACAGUUCAAAACACUGCACCACAACCAACAGUUCAAAACACUGCACAGCAACAACCACAAACAGAGCAAGGACAUAAAAGAAGUAGAGAACAAGGAAACCAAGAAUUCUUAA